ACAUUUGGUCAGGAACGGCACUCGCUGCACCAUGGAACGCUUUCAAACCGCCAUUUUACUGCUACUGCUGCUAGUUGGCUGCUGUCUGGCUGGUACGGCGCGUCGGCCGCGCCUCGAUGGACGCAUUGUGGGCGGCCAGGCGACGACCAUUGAGGCAAUACCCUACCAGGUGUCGCUGCAGAGGAACUAUCACUUCUGCGGCGGCUCACUGAUUGCGCACGGCUGGGUGCUCACCGCUGCUCACUGUACGGAAGGAUCGGCCAUCCUGGUGUCCAAGGUGCGCAUCGGCUCCACGCGCACCGACUCGGGCGGCAUCCUGGUGGGCAUCAAGCGCGUCCAUCGUCAUCCAAAAUUCGACACCUUCACCAUCGACUACGACUAUUCGGUGCUGGAAUUGGCGGACUACGAAAGGAGCAACGUAACUCAAGCGUUUAUUGGACUGCCCAAGCAGGAUGCAGACAUUGCGGAUGGCACUGCGGUGCUGGUCUCCGGCUGGGGCAACACCCAAAGCUCGCAGGAGCCGACGAGCAUCCUGCGGGCGGUGACUGUGCCGACCGUCAGCCAGACACAAUGCACCGAGGCCUACGGCAGCUUUGGCACCAUCACGGAUCGCAUGCUAUGCGCGGGUCUGCAGCAAGGCGGCAAGGAUGCGUGUCAGGGCGACUCCGGUGGACCGCUGGCCGCCAAUGGAACGCUCUGGGGUGUCGUUUCCUGGGGCUACGGUUGUGCCCGGCCCGAUUAUCCAGGCGUAUACUCUCGAGUAUCGGCAGUGCGAGAUUGGAUAGGAUCAGUAAGUGGAGUUUGAGCUUAUUUUUGAUUGAAUUAUAAACAUAACACAAAUUGGAUGGCUGUGGUGUUUACGUUAA